AACAAAAAAAAUUAAAUGUUCAUGAAAAUUAAACUUUGCGUAACAUUGGCAACUCUGCUCACUGACUUAAUAAAUAUCGACGAGUUGGCAUCCCCUUUUGAAUAUUUUGUGUGCUGCGUGGAUGUUGCAGAAGUUAUUGUUUUCUCGCAAUUAACAUUUCAUUUAAACAAAAUGCGCCCAUUGAUGCUACAGGGUCACGAGCGUUCAAUAACGCAGAUCAAAUACAAUCGGGAAGGUGAUUUGCUCUUCUCCAGCUCCAAGGAUCAAAAGCCAAAUGUCUGGUACUCCCUCAAUGGCGAGCGCUUGGGCACUUAUGACGGCCAUCAGGGUGCUGUGUGGUGUUUGGAUGUGGACUGGGAGAGUAGAAAGCUGAUCACGGCCGGCGGUGACAUGACCGCCAAGUUAUGGGAUGUUGAAUAUGGCACAGUGAUUGCCUCCAUUCCAACUAAAUCAUCAGUAAGAACAUGCAACUUCAGUUUCUCCGGUAAUCAGGCUGCCUAUUCCACCGACAAGACAAUGGGACAGAGUUGUGAACUUUUUAUAAUUGAUGUGCGCAAUGCCGAUUCGACAUUGUCCGAACAGACGCCCACGUUGCGAAUUCCGAUGACUGAAUCGAAGAUUACAUCCAUGCUGUGGGGUCCUUUAGAUGAGACCAUCAUUACGGGCCACGAUAAUGGAAACAUUGCCAUUUGGGACGUACGCAAGGGUCAAAAAGUUGUGGAUUCGGGCACAGAUCACACCGGUGUCAUCAAUGACAUGCAAUUAAGCAAGGACGGAACAAUGUUUGUGACCGCCUCCAAGGAUGCCACGGCCAAGCUCUUCGAUUCCGAAACGCUGAUGUGCCUAAAAACGUACAAAACAGAGCGUCCAGUGAAUUCGGCUGCCAUCAGUCCCAUCCUAGAUCAUGUCGUUCUCGGCGGUGGCCAGGAUGCCAUGGAGGUAACAACAACAUCGACAAAGGCAGGCAAAUUCGAUUCACGCUUCUUCCAUUUAAUAUACGAAGAGGAAUUCGCCCGUCUCAAGGGACACUUUGGUCCCAUCAACAGUUUGGCCUUCCAUCCGGAUGGCAAGAGUUAUGCCUCUGGCGGUGAAGAUGGUUUUGUGCGUGUCCAAAGCUUUGAUAGUACAUACUUUGAAAACAUUUUCGAGUAGUUAACCAUUCAGUUGUAGUUCAUGGAAUUCUUCUUAAUAGUCAGUGCAAAGGUCUAACACAAAAAAUCCCCCUUUCACUGGCUGCAAAUUCAAAAUGUUCAGGUCUAUAGAAAAUUUUCAAAUAUAUGCGAGAACAAGAAGAAAUGUGAAA